AUGGUUGGCUACACGCGUUUCUCGUUUACGGAUACAUCGGACAGCCAAUAUGUAGCCCUGCAGAAUGUCAGCGACACAGGCCAUAUCCAGAAGGCUCUGAUACUGGCAAAGACGAAGAAAGAGGACAUACGGUGGCUUUUUGGCUUUUGCAAAGAAUUUUACGCGCUGAGUUCUCCUGAAUAUACCCCGUUCAUAUACACAACCUCUACCCCCCCUGAAAAGGGUCUACUGAUCCCACGGUCAGCCAGAGGCCGAGAGGCGGCUGCCUAUCUGUCAUAUAUCGUUGACUACUACGAUAAUCUACCAGCAUAUUCAGUCUUUAUCCACGCCGACCAGGACCAAUGGCAUAAUGAUCUCUUUGGUUCCAAAACUCGCGAUGCCCUUCGUCAUUUCCGCUUUCAAACCGCCGAUGCCUUGGGAUAUGUCAACCUGCGCUGUACCGAAGACCCCGGCUGCCCCCUUGGCGCAAGCCCGUUAAACCCUACGCCACUGGAUAUCAAGAGGAAGGAUGUGCGCGCGUACCUAGCUGAUAUCUAUAUGGAGCUGUUUCAAGUAAGCCGCGAGGAUGUUCCCGAAGGUAUUGGUGGGGUCUGCUGUGCCCAGUUUGUCGUUACUAGACAACAGAUCCUACGCCGGCCAAGGAAGGACUAUGAGCGGAUGCUGAAGUGGAUGGCAGAGACGACGGUGACGGAUAACUUUGGAGUGGGCUGGGUGAUGGAGAAAGUGUGGCAUAUAGUGUUUGGGAUGGAGGCCAUUCAAAUACCGUGGCAGAAACGUCAAUUGGCAGAGUUCUCCCAGACGGCAGCUUCAUCGUCACGGAGACAGACACUACGCAUUGGGAAUAUCCAAUGGAGUAUACUGGACUCCGCGACAUUACUAACCCCAAACCCAUCAUUAGUGACACCAGAGAGUAUAUUAUCGAAGCUUCCAGCGUUCAACUCCCAGCUACAUCCCGAUAGUCACGUCCCUCUCCUCCUCGUCACGCCAGCCUUCGCCUCAUGGCUAGAGAAAGGCCACCCGUUCCUCCCAAAACUAUUACAACAUUGCUUUCGAGAAGCGAUCUCCUCGGAAAACGUCGAAAUAUGCUCGGUGGAAGCAGUGGUUGAUAAGCUACCGAUUCCCGCGGACCAUACAAACAAAUUAACGCACGAUGGUAUUAAUGGUAUGGAAGGACUGUCGCUGGCGAUUGUCAACUGGGGCGCCAUAGCGGGGAAAAUUGUACCUCAGAAAGGGAUCGAGAAUGUUUCCACCUCCCACCUGGAGCCGAAAAUGUCGAUUGCUAUCCAAAACCCCUCGACUGGCGCGGAGCUAGAGGUCGGCAUGCCUAUGGCGAAUACGCUUUUCUCUACCGGCAGACCAUAUACUAUGCAUGCAUCGCGAUGGAAAUCUACAGAGAUGAUAGAUGAAGUACCGAAAAUCACCGAUAGACGGGACCUUCGAAUGUGCAGGGUUGAGCUACGGACGACCCCCUCGCUCACACUACUUCAAGCUCCAUUACACCCAGUCACGGAGCCAAGGACGGUAGUGGAGAGCAUGGGAAAUAUACUCAAGACCGUGUCCAGUGACGCAGGCUCGGAGAGCGACCUUCCAGCAUCGACUGAGCUGGAAAAGGCAAUACCGCAAUACGUAAAGGAUAAUAACCUUGAAAACCAGAGAUUGGCCGUUUGGGCAAUGGUGACACCCAAAAACAUAGCGGAAGCUCACAUUGAAUCUUAUCUCGAUAGCGGUAUCGAUGUACCUACAUCUAUGAGCAAAGGGUCUCGACUCUACCGCGUAAUGAGCGGCGGAGGUGGAUGGGGUAAGAAGAAAGGUCUCCUCUCCCUUGACCCCGAGUACUCCUACGACGACGAGGAAUCCGCUUCUAGUCUCGUCUCGAUACAUGAGAUAUUUGAUGAGGAUGUUAUUGAAAAGCAUAGUGAUGACGCUAUAUUGUUCCGCAUCCUCGAUGAUACCCCUAAGUUUACCGAUGUUGAUGGGCUGAUGAUGAGUCCACUACGUGAGGUUGUGACGGCUGGAGAUGUGGUGCAAUUCUUCGUUGCCUUGCUGGAUAAUGCCCCGGGUAGGGAAGCUAUGUGUGUGGAGCUUCACGAAGACAUGACGGAGAGCAAUACUCGAUUAGAUUUCCGCGUUCUGCCUGCUCCUACUGAUGCGCCGGCACCUACGCAGUCGACGGGUAACGGAGCUGACCUACCUGACGGAAUGAUCGUACAAGCUAAUAGAUUCGGAGCUUGUUCCGAGAAGUCCAUGACCUAUUCCAGGUCUGUUGGCGAAUUCGACGACUCUACGGGAGAAACGGUCGUAGAGUCAGGCACCAAGAUCGAUGUCCCUGGCGCGAGGCUGGUGGUUGAAAUGCCGGUCAAGCAGGAAGCAACUCGCCAUCUCUCAUUAAUCUUCAACUCUGAACGCCUGUCUCUCGAUCCAUUGUCCGAUCAACCAUCAACCUUCCUCCUACUUACCGGUACUCCGUAUAUUGAAGCUAUCUCCGCACUACCGUCGCCAUGGCUACUGAUCUUUGGAUGCUCAUCCGCCAUCAUCUUCACCUGCUUCGGCGCUGCCUAUGGAACCGCCAAAGCUGGUGUCGGCAUUUGCUCGACCCUCGUCCUCCGACCUGAUAUGAUUGUUAAGAAUAUUGUCCCCAUCGUCAUGGCGGGUAUUAUUGGUAUCUACGGAUUGGUCGUGUCUGUCUUGAUUGCCAACGACUUGAAGCAAAAACUGCCACUCUACACUGGAUUCGUCCAACUGGGUGCUGGUCUUGCUGUCGGCCUCGCUGGUCUGGCUGCCGGUUUCGCUAUCGGUAUCGUUGGUGACGCCGGUGUCCGUGGAACUGCUCAACAACCCCGACUCUUCGUUGGAAUGAUUCUUAUCCUCAUUUUCGCUGAAGUUUUGGGUCUUUACGGUCUUAUCGUUGCUCUAUUGAUGAACUCUCGCGCCAGUCUCGAAGCCACCUGCUAA